AUGCGACGCCACACUCCCGGCCUUCUCGCCGCCAAGCUCCUACGCGCCUCGUCGCUUCUCAGACCCCCGUCCGUUCUCGCCGCCCGCGCGUACUUGUUCCACCAUGCGCCGGACAACGCCCACCGCCUACUCGACGAAACGCCGCACGGGAGGGCGGCCUCCAUCGUACGUGCCCUCAGGUCCGCCGCCUCCUCCUCCUCCGGUGACACGGACUGCAUCGCGUGCCUCCACUGCGCGUCCAUCAAGUCGGGCGCCGUGCUGGACCCGCCCGUGCGCACGUCCCUGCUCGCGACGUACGCCAGGGCCGGGCGCGGCGCUGGAGCGGGAGCGGGCGCCGCCUUGGCGCUCUUCCGCGAGGCCGUCGCGCCCGACGUGAUCCUGUGGAACGCGGCCAUCGGCGCCCUGACGACGAGCUGCUGGUACGACGACGCCGCGGCUCUGUUCCGGCGGAUGGCGCGCGAGCUCGGGGAGUUUGAUUCGACGACCGUGGUCGUCAUGCUGUCAGGGGCGUCCCGCGCUGGUAACCUUCGGCGUGGAAUGGAGCUUCAUGGCAUGGCGGCCAAGAGGUGCCUCGACGCUCAUUCUUUCAGCGUGUGGAACGCUCUCAUUGACAUGUAUGCAAAGUGUGGUGAUUUUGACUCCGCAGAGGUUGUGUUCCAGAGCAUGCCGUGCAGGGACACCACCUCAUGGAACUCUGUCAUAAGUGGAAGCAUUUUUAAUGGUUUUGCUGAGGUUUCAGCGUGGUACUUCAGGGAAAUGAGCUGCUCCAUCUUCCAGCCAGAUGAGUCUGUGCAUAGCUGUGCGGUCAAACUCGGUUAUGAGACUGCAUCUUGCUCGGUAGUGAAUUCUCUCAUGACGUUCUACUCUGAGUUUCGAAUGUCAGAGGCUGCGGAGAAGGUAUUUGCCAGCACUUUGAACAGGAACUUGGUAUCAUGGAAUGCAAUGAUCAGGGGGCUAGUCCAGAAUGAAAGAGUAACUGAAGCCCUUGCUGUUUUGAGGGAAAUGAGAUUGGAGAACCAGCCAGAUGUUGCCACUUUGGUGACCAUAAUUUCAGGUUGUGGUGAUCAAGGCCUACUUUCUGAAGGGAAAGCACUCCAUGGAUACAUAAUCAGAAUAGGACUUCUUCAUGAGGAGUCUUCUGUAGGAAAUAGCUUACUUGAUCUGUAUCUGAAAUGCAAUGAACCAUCUAAUGCGAGCCUGCUGUUUAGGACAAUGCCAAGAAGGGACUUGAUAUCGUGGAACACAAUGAUUUCUGGUUACUCAAGAAAUGAUCUGCUGCGAGAAGAGGCUCAGUUAAUGUUCAAAGAAUUACUUUCUGAAGGUUUAUCGUGCAGCUUGACCACUAUGCUAGCUGUCAUACCUUCAUGCUCUAAUCCAGAAGAACUUAGCUUUGGCCAAGCACUUCACUCUUUCAUCCUGAAGUGUGGAUUUACAUGUAGUGGAGUUUCAGCUGUUAAUGCUUUGAUGCACAUGUAUAUGAGCUGUGGUGAUCCACUGGCCGCCUUUUCGCUGAUAGAAAGAUUAAUACCUGUCACAGAUAUCGUUUCAUGGAAUACGAUCAUAGUUGGCUGUCUACAAAAUGGACUCGACAAAGAUGCAUUGGAAGCCUUCCAGUUCAUGUAUUGUUCUUUGGCCAUAAAACCUGAUAGUGUUACAUUAGUUAGUGUCUUAUCAGCUUGUGGAAAUCUUAAUCUGCUAGCACAAGGGAAAUCCAUCCACUGCAUGAUCCUGAAGCACUUGCUUGCUUCCAAUUUGAGGGUGAAAAAAUCAUUAUUGACCAUGUAUUUCCGCUUUGGAGAUACUAGAAGUGCUGAGUUAGUCUUCUAUAGCAUGGGAGACACAAAUUUGUGCUCCUGGAAUUGUAUGAUCUCUGGUUUCGCACAGAAUAACAAAGGCUGGAGAGCAUUACAGUUCUAUCAGAAGAUGGAGGAUUCUGCACCUAAUGAAAUAACUGUAGUCGGUAUCAUCUGUGCUUGCACACAGCUUGGUGACUAUAGACAAGGAAAGAGCAUACACGGGCAUGUGGUCAGGUCUGGUCUGCACAAUAAUGUUUUUAUUUCAGCGUCACUUGUUGAUAUGUAUUGCAAGUGCGGGAGACUGGACAUUGCUGUCAGAGUAUUUGAAGCUUCUGCCGAAAAAUCAAUUGCUGGGUGGAACUCCAUGAUAUCAGCUUUCGGAUUCCAUGGCCAUGGGUUGAAAUCCAUAGAACUUUUCUGGAAGAUGAAUGAUUCUGGAAUGAAAGCCACGAAAAGCACCUUUAUUGCUCUAUUGUCAGCUUGCAGUCACUCUGGACUUGUUGGUGAAGGAUGGAAGUAUUAUCGCCUUAUGUCAGAAAAGUUUGGGAUCAUACCAGCCCCAGAACAUCAUGUUUGCAUUGUAGACAUGCUUGGGCGGGCUGGUCGGCUGGAGGAAGCACACAAAUUUGUGGAGAGCUUGCCGUCUCAACAAGCACGCGGAGUUUGGGGUGCACUGUUAAAUGCUUGCAGUAGCAGGAGUGAACUCAAGAUGGGCGAAUCCAUCGCCAAGCAUCUGCUCCAUUUGGAGCCUGGAAAUAGCGGUUAUUAUGUAACUGUAUCAAACCUUUAUGCAUACAGAGACAUGUGGAGUGGUGCAGUCCAAGUUAGGAGUGUUUUGCAGGAUAAAGGGUUGGUGAAGCCCCAUGGUCAUAGAAUUGUUGGUUAA